AUGACAUCUCUCAUCUCCUCCCUCUCCUGGAUUCCUCGCGGCGCGGCGGCCCAGCACCCAACCAAAUACACGGUCGACGCCUCUGAACUCGAGCGGAUCCAAGGACUCGCGCGGGGACAGUUGGAUGCGGCCAAGAUGGAGUUGGAGUUGGCCAAGAUGAUGGAGGCUGAUGCGGAGGGUAGGGGGGAGGAGGGGGAGGAGGAGGGCGAGGGCGAGUGGGAAGACGACGAGGAGUCUGCGGCGGAGAACGGCGAUGCCCUGAUGGACGUCGAGGAAGACGCGGCGAUGGUGGAGGACGACGCAGACGCAGCGACCGCCGCAGCCGCAAAAGCUGCCAAGAGGAUCAAGGCAGCUGCGAAGGGAGGCGAUGCGGCGAACGGAGAUGCGCAAAAGGCGGACGACGACGACGAGUUGGCGGCGUACAACCUGGAUACCUACGACGAGGAGAGCUCGAGUACAGCCAUGGGCGCGUUCAGCAACAUCAAGGGUUUGACGUACUACGGCGACAACGCGGAAGACCCGUACAUCACGCUCGAGUCGAAGAACGAGGACGAGGAGCUCGAGCGGGAAGAGCUCGAGAUCUACCCGACCGACAAUCUCAUUGUCGCGGCCAAGACCGAAGACGACGUCUCCCAACUCGAAGUCUACGUCUACGACGACCGAGAAGAGAACCUCUACGUUCACCACGACCUCCUCCUGCCAGCCAUGCCUCUCUGCCUCGAAUGGCUCGACUUCUGCCCCGGCCGAACAAGCGACGACGACAAGAAGGGCAACUUUGUCGCUGUCGGCACACUCGACCCCGAGAUUGAGAUUUGGUCUCUCGACGUGGUUGACGGCUUGUACCCCGAUGCCAUCCUUGGCCCUCCUCCCAAGGACCCGAACGCUCCUGAACCCGCCGCUCCCCCCAUUACCGACUCGACGCCCUCCACCGACGCUUCCGGCAAGAAGAAAAAGAAGAAGAAGCCCAAGAAGCCGAAGAAGGUCGCCAACCCCGAAUACCACGUCGACUCGAUCCUGUCUCUGUCGUGGAACCGGUCGCACCGCAACUUGCUCGCCUCUUCCUCAGCCGACAAGACCAUCAAGCUGUGGGACCUCGCGCGACCAACCUCUUCUCCCGCCCUUCGCUCGUUCGACUCGCUCCACGCCGACAAGGUCCAGAGCGUCAUGUGGAACCCGAAGGAGCCGACCGUCUUGCUCUCCGGCGCAUGGGACGGCACUGUCCGCGUGUUCGACUCUCGCGCGCCCGACGCAGGCGUCGGCACCAAAGUCGACUCGGACGUCGAGUGCCUCCGCUGGGACCCGUGGGAGCCCGCAUCGUUCCUUGUCUCGAUGGAGAACGGCUGCGUCCAGUCCUUCGACUCGCGCAUGCUCGCUGUUGCCAAGGAACCGUCGAGUGUCCAGCGCGGCAAGUCGCUGUGGACGCUCGCGGCGCACGACUCGAGCGUCUCGAGUCUCGACAUCAACCCGCUUGUCAAGGGCUGCAUCGUCACCGGCGGAACGGACAACAUGGUCAAGGUGUGGAACGUCGAUGAGCAGGCUGGUGGCAAGCGCAACAUCAGCUUGGUCACUGCGCGAGACCUCGGCGUCGGCAAGGUCUUCUCCGCUUCUUUCUGCCCCGACGACCCGACAACCCUUGCGGUGGCCGGCUCGAAGGCCAACUUGCAGAUCUGGGACACCGCGACCAACCCCGGCGUCCGCAGCGUCUUCGGCGACCGCCUCCGCGCACUCGGCAAGGACUUGUCGAAGACUGGCGCUGGUGUUGUCGGAGUCGCUGACGAUGACGAGAGCGACGUGUCGGACGAUGAGGAGUAG